CAGGCGCUGGACAUUAUUUCAGACAUGAAGGAUUUUCCUCACAAUUUCACGUUUGUCCACAAAUACGUUUCCAAUCAAUUUUAGUGGGAGAUGGAGUUCAUCCAUCAUUUUUAGGGGCCGGUUGAGACGAUCUGUUAUCAGGUGGCACUGAUGGAUGUGCAACAUCCUAAAUAACCUAACCCCAUCUUUUCCACACCUACUAUAAUCCUAUGGUGCCAUUAUCGCUUGAUCUUACUGUAUAUAGAACACCAAUAACAAUAACCUGUGCUGCCGCCUGAUUACCUACAUGUAGCACGCAUUCCUAUUGGCAGGAAAUGAACUUCUAUGCAUAUAUAGGAAGCUUCUAUCUGUUAGACUGCAGUAUAGCUUGCUUUAUUUUGCAGUUUAAUAAAUACUAUAGGCCUACAUGUAUACAAUGACUUCCUUGGAAGUUCUUGUUACAGUUAACGAACAGCAAAGGGGUGUUCAGUUCAUUGAGGGCCAGAAAAACUUGCUUGCGGAAAUCAAGAAAGAGUUUGCUGACAUCAUACAAGGUAGUGAGAUUUCUCUUCUUCAGAUCUUCAGUACUCAAACGGGGGAAUAUUUGGACCUGAACCCUGGUGUGAAUGUGUGCAGCAUGUCUAGAAUCAAAGUCAUAUUGAAGAAGCCCACUCAGUCCAGUGAAACUCCAGCAAAGACGAAUAUUGCUACAGCAAAGAAUCCUCUUACUAAAAAAAAAUUGAGGGUAGUGAUCUGUACCCCUGCUCCUGACACAAGUGCGGAUGAUGAAGAGUCUGAUGAAGACGAUACCCGCAUUGCAGGUGCAGCUGGGGCUUUUCUCACAAAGAACAAAAUCUGGAAAGGUCAUGAAGUGCUUAAAGUGUAUUUCUUCAAUUCGAGGCUGUUGGAUGACUGGAAGUGCAUAGGUGAGACUAUGAGUGUUAACACUAUUCUAGCAUGGGCCAACGGUGCGUGGAGGUCUCCUUUGUAUGACGACAUCCCAAAAUUUGUGCUGACAGAAUUUCCUCAAACGGCUAAUAUACGUGUCAAGUUAUCAGAUUCAGGAGGAUGUUGGUCCAUGAUUGGUACAGAUGCUCAGACAGUUAGGGAUUUGAUGAAGCCAACUAUGAUGCUCUCUCUGUGUGGUUACUGCCACUCACUUCAAGAGAGUUUGGUCAUCCAUGAAUUUGGACAUGCUCUGGGGCUAGAACAUGAACAUCAGCGCUCCGACUUCUGGGAUGUUCUUGAAAAGCACUUUGAUCUUGACAAGAUGAAGAAUGAUUCUCGUGUGAGUCAGGACUCAAAGAUGAAUAAAAAUAGGGCAGGUUUUGGAGUGGACUGGUUCAAGAAGAAAGUGGGCAACACCGAGAGUGAAGUGGUCAUAUCAAACUAUGACCACAAAAGUAUUAUGCACUACUGGUUUGAUAUCAAAUGGCUCAAGGAUAAGCGUCUUCAUAAGCCAGAGAACAUCGAUCGAGAUACAUCCCUUUCCAGCAAAGAAAAAUUUUAUUUGAAUGGAUUACACAAACGAUGCCUCGAGGAUCAGCUGACUAAAGGGCCAUCCAAAACAGACAUUAGGGAAGUAGUAAGAGCGUAUGGAGGACAGCAAAUAGUUGAUGAGAUUGACACUCUAGAAGGUCAACGUGGAAAGUUUCGUGAAAAGAGCCUCAGUGUUUAUCGGAAUGCGCAGUAUCUUCGGCAGUCUACUGAUAGUUCUUAUCUCGAUGCACGUCCUGCAACCACAUCUGAUCAUAUCAUGGAGGAAGAUCGAGUCACUGAAUUCUCUAAGUCUAUGUCAAGCAUUGAAUUGAAGGAAUGGUUAUCCUGUAGAGGACUAUGUCAGACAGAUUGUGACAGGUUUUUGGCGGAAGGAUUCACUGGUGCAUCUUUUGUCCUCUUGUCUGAAACUGAUUGUAGGCACCUGGGAGUUGGUAUGGCUGGGAGAUUGCUAGUGAAAUUUCUGCUCUCACAGAUACUUGGUGAAUCUCGUAAUACUAAGAAACCUCCUUCUAAUGGUGCACAUGUACAUAAGGUGUUAGAGAAGAAAUGGGCUUCAUCAACGUAUCAAACAGAACUUCAGGAGGCUGCUCAAAACCCUGAAUUCGACCCAAAAUUGGCAGUAAAGUGCCCUAAAGAUAUGGAUCGGAACAGCUGGAUAGCUGUGAAUGUGGUCACUUUUUCACACCGAGUCUUAGCAGUCUUUAAAUCAGUUUGCAGGGAUUGCACAUGCCCAACAAUGUCUGGAUGGCAUAAAGAUGAGUACUUAUGGACAGAUACCCAGUGGACACAAUCAGUAUCUCUCCCAGCAAAAGAAUACGUUGCCAGAUUAAUGGGUUGGAUUAAGUGGCAGACAGAAGAUCGACGUGUAUUCCCUGUUGAGCAAAGGAAAACAUUUCCUCCACCCUUUUCUUCUGCUUGUAAGACAAUUCUGUGCUACCUGUAUCGAGUUCUUGUCCAUGCUGCUACUCACCAUCUUGAUAAUUCCACAGAGUCUGAAACAAAAAACGACUUCACUUUGUGCCACAAGCAUUUCUAUUUUUUUGUGAAUGAGUUCAAUCUAAUUGAUUCAGUGGAGUUUCGGCCAUUGCAAAUUUUGUUGAAAGCUGCGACUCAACGUCAGACUCAACUCGAUCACUGAUUUGUCCAUGCAGAUCUUGAUUGACUGUUAAUGUUAUAAUUAUAGCUAGAUUUUAAGUACAGUUUUGUAUACUAAUUUUCAGGCUAGCUAUAAACUCUACCUGCUAAUUAAACAUUACACUCAUGAUCAGCUCAACAAAAAUUAAUAUUAAUUGACUGUUAAUGUUAGCUAGAUUUGAGUAAAAUUUAUACCUAUUCUAUACGUAGUAUACUAAUUUUCAGGCUAGCUAUAAUUAUAUCAACCUA